AUGCGUAUCCCCUCUACCAUAGGCGGAAUGAUUCUCGGGCAAUACCUAAAUUCAAAGAGUAGCGCUAGAACAAUCACCAAAAAGCGAAAGCAAUACUCUCCGAAACCGCUGCCGGAGACGCGCCCCCGAAGGCUGAGUGCUUCGUCCGACAGCAACGAAGACAAGUCUUUGAUUCCGAUUGAACAUGAGAGUGAAAAGAAGUCGCCCAAAAGCCAAUACUUUUGCAAACAAGAGCAAUCUAACCUGCUAACCUCUCUCCCGAUUGAGAUUCGCAUGAAGAUAUGGGAAUAUGUUGUCAUCUUGGAAGACUUCCAUGUCGUUCGAGGCCAAGGGCGGCUAUUCACCAUCCUCUGCUUGGGGGAUAAGAUGAGAGAUCGGUUGACACCCUGUCAACAUAAAUGCUGGGGUAGCUCUAGCAAGCCUUUCGGGUGGUACUACGGAGUCGCUCCGUCAUGGUCCAUUGAUACGCGGGGCUGUCCGACUUUGAAAGAUGUCGUUCCCCUGCUCCAGACAUGUCGUUUAGUGUACUCCGAGGUGGUUCACAUCUUAUACCGCGAUACGGUCUUCCGUUUCAAUCAUGUCGACACCGUCAUCAGCUUUUCUCGCACUGUGCUGUCCUCUCGACUCAAUGCUAUCCGCAUCGUCCAUCUCGCUCACACUGUCAUCCUCUCCAUGUAUGGUGAGGACUCGAAGAAAACGGUCGCGCCGUAUGAUGCAAAGACAUGGGAAGAGACCUGUCGGAUCCUAGCCAACAUGGCAACUCUCAGAGAAUUAUAUAUCCAUCUAGGUGGGCACAGGCUCGAUUCUGAGCUCAAGGAUAUACUCGCACCUUUAUAUCAAAUUCAACAAACCAAGACGUUUGAAGUUUUCGCUGGUAUAGGACGGGACCCGGCACAGGUGUACACAGUAGGCAACAAGCCAUUUGUGUUUGUUUCGAAGAAGUAUGAGGCACUUGAUGAAUUUCGUGAUUGGAUUUGCUGUUAA